AUGACUGAUAAUAAUGAUGUGAAUAAUAAUAAUAAAGUGGCUGUAAGUAAGAAAAUUGCUGCAAAACAACAGCAAACCGGCGGUGAAUCCAAUAAUAAAGGUAAUACAAAGCCAUUGGGGAAGUCGUGGGUGAGCUGUCCGUGUAUUUACUGUAAUGUGAUCGAUGAGGACAAGAUCAUAUUGGCGGCACAGUUUGCCCUUGGUCAGGCCAAAAAGGAGUUCACCACACGGCGACUUAAAUUCAGUAAAUUCAACAAAAAGUAUUAGACUUUGAUUGGAUCAACACUUUUACAAUUACUGUUACGUAUUAUGAGGAAUAUUCUGUCAUUUAAUAGCUAAUCGCAAUGGAC